UAAAAUCUCACUUGGAAUUCUUUGACCGUACGGAUAUCAAAUCCAUCAUUGACUUUGUCGAGAGGCUGGACCCAUGGCGAGAAUUUGAGUAAUAUAUAAAGGCCACGGGCAUCCGCACAAGCAAUGUAGGUUUUGAUUUGGCGCAUAUCCGACAUCUUUCUUCUACUCGAAUACGUCGUCCAUCCCAAACAUCCCCUUGUGAAAGAAGUGAAAUAAUAAAAGGGCCACGCCUUAAACAUGUCAGCCGAGCGACGAUUUGAACAGAGGCGCUUCCGCCUCGAAGAAUCGGUCACGCAGAACGCCGGCGCGCGCACCGUCUUCAUCGAGCGCAUGACCCCGGGAACCACCGUCCCACCGCACUACCACACCCGCUUCUCGGAGACCUUUGACCUCCUCGAGGGCUCCCUCACGGUCCACUCGUCCAAGCAGGAGCCGACCGCCGCGGGGGACGAGGGCGCGGACCUGGAGCUCCUGGAGCGGUCCUCCACGCGGGUCUCGCCCGGGGGCGCGGCGCCGCCGCCGGUCGUGCCCGCCGGGGUGUACCACAAGUACGUCGUGGGCGGCGGCGCGGACGCCGUGCUCCGGUGCGUCGUGGAGCCGGGCCACGCGGACUUUGAGAGGCUGCUGAUGAUCCUGAACGGGCUUGCCGACGACGGCGAGCUCGAGGCCAUGGGGGAUAGCGUGUUGCUUAUGGCUGUGAUUAUGGACCUGGGCGAUGCUCAUCUUCUUGGGCCGGCCAAGUCCAUGCUGGAUGGUGUCUAUGCGAGCCAGAGGCAGGAGGUUGCGGACCUGAAGGCACGGCUGUUGGCCAAGUACGACAAUGAGGAGAACUUGAAGAAGCUGUUGGCCAAAAAUUAGCCGGGUAACAGCAUGCCUUCCUGGAAGUGGUCGCUGAGAACUGCUCCUUGGGGAGCCGACCUCAUCCUGUGGGCGCAUCUCACCAUCAUGGGCCAAAAGCAAAGGGCAGCAAGGCGUCCCUUUGGGCAGCUACGCCAUGACAUGAUGCCCAUAUCACUCCAGCCAGCAAGUGAUGACAUUUGAGGCGACGAAUACAGGAGUCAAAAAAUUGUAUUG